AUGGUGGAAGAUAUCUUCAGCUCCAGAGCUUGCCAGAAGCUUGAUCAUCAACUCCUGUUUGAGUGCAUGAAGCAUGACGAGCUCACUUACCUUUCUGUUGAUGGCACAGUGAAAUGCACUAUGCCGCUGCUUGGCCAGAAAAGGCCUGGUGGCAAAAACAGGCAGUCUGAGCCCUUUUUCAUCAAUGCCACGGAUGCGAUCCACACCGUGGUGACAGUACGAGGACGCUCUGGAGCGGUUGUCGGGUUUUGGCCGCUGCUUUCGGAGAAGGCAGAACACCUGCAGGAGGCGUUCCUGCACAACUUGCCUCAGGCAGCUCUUGCUCAGGUGCAGUGCGUGGCCACAGAUGCGCCGUCCUCCCUCAUGUUCUCCCGUCUACGGUCGAUUAUGCCCAACUUGCAAUGCUUGUGUUUGGAUCCAGUUCAUCUGGCCAUUAAAUACGAGUACGCCACGGGGCGCGGCAGAACCAAGGGCUCUGCGAGUUUGCGUGCAUGCUUGGGUAAAUUCAAUUCUACCGACUCGACGGUAACUGCGAAUCGUUGGGGAGCCUUUUUCACGGGCCAGCGCGCAACACCAUUGUCUGCGCGGGAAAGAACCUUGCGAGAUCAGAUUCUCUCAGGAGGCAUGUCCGCGAGCAAAGCUUCCUCCAUCUUGCAGCAGGCCGAAGCUAAAGCAUUGGCUGCAAUUUCCAAGAUCUUUCGCAACGAGGUUGAGCGGAAGGGAGAGAAAAAGGGCAAGUUUGUGUUUCAACACUUGGCUUACGCCGCCGAAGCGGAGAGACUCGAAUGGUUGCUGAACAAUUUACGAUUUCGGUCGACGCAGCCCAGUGCUGUGUUGAGCCUGUUGUCGUCGGGAGCAACCUCGAACGAAGCGCUGCACGCGGAGAUGCGCUCAUGGCUCCGACAAAUUCAGUCCAUGCAUCAGUCGUCUCUUCUUUUAAAGUGCUCCGUGUUCCGCUUGCGUAAGCUCUUGGAGGACAACACUGCUCUUCAUCGGCCUACGGCCCGACAGAUGACUCCAGGCCAUGUUUUGGCGCGACGACUGGGCCAGAACUUGUGGAGCACAAGAGCUUGGCAGCAGUUUGCCAAAGAAAAGGCUCAGCAUCUUCCGCUGAAGCGGCUUCGAGACCAGCACACCGCUGCGAGGCGCAAGCUCAUCUUACAGAGGGCUGGCAUCAUCAGACGACUCACCGGAAAGCAGCCACAGCCACUACUUGCAGACAGAAGGUGCCGAGUGAAGAAGCGCACUGCUUUCACGUUGUUGCGCACUGCCGGUAUAAUUCGGCAAGGGGUCGCGAAGCGACGUGCGCCAUCGUAG